AUGUCAGAAUCGUCUGAAACGACGAAUGGUGAAAAUCUCGAAACCCCCGAAAACCCAGUGGCAAAUGAACAAAUUACCGAAAAACGCAUUGGUUGUGCACAUUAUAAGAGGCGUGCUAAGUUCGUGACACCAUGCUGCAACAAGCUCUACAUGUGCCGGUACUGUCAUGAUGAGAAAGAAGAACACUACUUCAACAGAAAGUCGGUGACGGAGCUCAUCUGCACUGAGUGUGACACGCGACAGAAAGUACAAGCUGAGUGUUCCAAUUGUGGAGUCACAUUUGGCAAGUACACAUGCCUGAUCUGCAACCUGUUCGACGAUGAAGACAAGAAGCAGUACCACUGCGAGGGAUGCGGUAUAUGCCGCGUGGGCGGUCGCGAUAGGUUCUUCCACUGCGAGCGGUGCAACAUGUGUCUGCCGGUGCAGUUACAGCGUGUGGGUCAUAGGUGUGUAGAAAACGUGUCACGUGCCAAUUGCCCGGUGUGCCUCGAAGACAUCCACACGUCACGCAUACCGUGCCACAUCCCCGACUGCGGCCACCUGCUACACCGGCCGUGCUUCGAGCAGAUGCUGAAGUCCGGCCACUACGCGUGCCCCACUUGCCAGACGAGCAUGAUCGAUAUGACCAAUCUAUGGAGCUACUUGGACUCCGAGGUGGACGCAACCCCCAUGCCGCCGGAGUACGCUGACUACAAAACCACCAUUCUAUGCAAGGACUGUCACAAGCUGUCAACGGUAAAAUUCCAUGUGGUCGGGUUAAAGUGUCAGCAUUGCGGUGGAUACAACACGUGCCAAACCAACGGCUUUCACAAGGACACCGGCACCUCGGAGCCGUGCGAGUCGUCGACCUCUUCAACGUCAUCGACGUCAUCAACAUCGUCAUCAUCAUCAUCGACCAGUAGAAGCGGUUCAUCAUCAGCGACGUUCGAGCCGCGCGAGGAGCGCCAACCGGAGGCAAGUGAGGACCUUCCGCGAGCGAACCCCAUGGACGAACCCCCACAAGCCUGACCAUAAGCAUAAGGUGAUAAGAAAAAAUCUUCAUCACCAUAAAAAGUUGAUCAUCACCUUCAAUAUUACAGUAUCGUCAAAAUCGCUAGCGCAUCGUCUCAUUACCAUUAUUAUCCAGUAGAAGCGUUUCAUUACAGUCUGGGCUUAGGCCAUCAUAUAGUAAAUCUUUACCAUUAAUCAUUACCGACGGCCGAUUGGCGUAGUUUGCAGCGAUCCUGCUUUCUGAGUCCAAGGCCGUGGGUUCGAUUCCCACAACUGGAAAAUG